AUGGAUCCCUCGCCGACUUUGAUGCGGAUAUUCUGGCCAUGUGGCCUCCCACGGAAGGAGAACUCAGGAUUGUUGAUAGGCUGGCGAAAUUCGGAGUAUGAUAUAUUCGUGGUUGCUCUGCUGAACGCUAAGGAUAGCAAAGCAAUCGAUCAUGCUCUCCGGAACGGUGCUAUCUUCACAAAGCCUGUUGGGUCCCUUACAAAGCUCUUCCAAAUGAGCAAACGAACCAGACUCCACGUUCUAGGCACACUGAACGGCCAGCAACCAAAGAAGUUUGAAGCACGUCACAUCCACGCCACACUCACCGAAAGUUGUCCAUACCCUGCGAUAUAUUGUCCCAAGGAAACGAAUGUUACAGUGCAGGUCAUUUUGUUUGAUAUGCCGUCACCAUGGCGGAUGCAGUAUAUGUCUCUGAAACCCAUCUCACUAGCGUUAGAUGAAGAAACGUCUACGGUUAAGGUGGAAGAGGAGAAGGAAGCUCAAUAUGUGAAACCUUUACAUGGUCAACUUUCAGAUAAAAUUAGACUGCAUUCGGUACGAAAACACCGGCUAACGGUGAAAGAGGAGUCACUAGAUGCGAUAAUUGGGCAGAUCAACUGUUCGUGGGAGAUGUCCACCCUACUCAACGAUAACGUAAGGUACCGGAUUGGGCGGUCGAGAAGUAUGAGCGUUAGCGAAAGGGUUGUUGAAUCCGCUACAAAUCUUGGAGAGCGAGCCGUUAACAGGCUUUGGAGCUUGGUACUCUUAGCGUAUCCGCUACUGAUACGGUGUUUCGUUGCCUUGUUGACAGUCCAAAGGGCUGCGAAUGAAGUCGUCCUUCGAAUUGUGGAGUGGAGGCCGAAACCAGAUCUUGCCGCCCUGAAGGAUGUUUCCGCGACGGCGCAGCAGUUGGAUAUCAGGCUCCAGCAAUUAUGCUACUGGCCGACUCAGUAUAGGAAACUGAGGAAACGGAAAGGAGAUCUAGAGAGCGCCAACUCUGUUCACCCUGAUUAUAUACGAUUUUACAACAGCUUGUGGCUGGUUGCAAAUGAUGUGAUUAUUGGGAUUGCACUAGGAACUUUCCUCAUUGAAAACUCCACUGGUGUGGCUGAUUGGCUGGAUGCCUUACUAAGAACGUAUACGAUUGAUGGAUUGCACGAGACAAUAUCCUGGUUGCGAGGGAAACCAGCUGGUUUGAAACUGAAUAAAGAACUUGCUUUCUUCCUCGGUGAUCUCUUUCUAUGGGUUGUGGACUACUGGGCAGGAUCGAUGGCGAGCGUGCGGCCUCAUCUAGCUAGGUUGAUCUGGGUUAUCGGGUUCUCGAGUUUCGCGGGCGCCACGAUGCCAAUCUCGAUAUUUUCGGAUCUACUUUCGGUCUUGACCUUACACAUUUACUCGUUUUACAUUGCCUCAGCGCGGAUAUAUCACUGGCAGCUCACAACGAUCAUCUCACUGUUUCACCUAUUUCGUGGGAAGAAACGCAAUGUGCUACGGAACCGUAUCGAUUCGUGCGACUACGAUAUCGACCAGUUACUCGUCGGCACCAUCCUAUUUACGCUCUUGUUUUUCCUGUUGCCUACCGUGUUAGUGUACUACCUCACGUUUGCGGUGGCGAGAAUGAUCAUAAUCGGUAUCAAAGCCGGGUUGGAAACGCUUCUGGCAUGCCUGAACCAUUUCCCACUCUUCGCACUGAUGUUGAGGACAAAGGAUUCGAAGAGAAUGCGAGCAUAUAUCUUACGUUCUGUUGAAAUCAGUGCCUCUGUCCUUUAG